AUGAAGCUCCUCAUUGGAAACACCCUUUGUCAACCGUUGCCCGAGCAGCCGAGCGCUGCUAAGGCGGGCAUCUCCAGCUCGCUCCCUCCUUCCCUCCUUCCCUUUCUCUCCUCCCACCCGGCGCUGGGACCUGGCCAGACGGGGAAUGCGCAAGCUCCGGCCCGGCCAGGCGGACGGCUUAGUUGCAUCCCCAUCAUGGCGCUCAGGCGGCGGGCGCUCCUUCUCCUGCUGUUGCUUCCCAUGUUCCGCUACAGAAUCUUGGCCGUAGAGCUGUUUUCCACUGACUUGAACCCCGUGGUGCAGGAAUUUUACCGUGCUGAGCUUUCCUGCAUCAUCACUUCCACCAAGACAGUCAAUCCUAGGAUUGAAUGGAAGAAAAUUGCGGGCAAGGACACAAGCUACGUGUAUUUUGACCACAAGAUGCAGGGAGACUGGGUGGACCGUGCAGAGCUCCAUGGGAGGACAUCACUGGUCAUCCACAAUGUGACCCGUGCAGAUAAAGGCAUCUACCGGUGCGAGGUUGCGGCUCCUGAAGACACGCAUAUUGGAGCUGAGAUCAACAUCAACCUGACAGUUCAUGUGAAACCAGUGGCCCCAAAGUGCCGAGUGCCCCAGUCAGUGCCCGUGGGUAAAUCUGCUACUCUCCACUGCCAGGAAAAGGAAGGCUUCCCCGAACCAACUUACAAAUGGUACCGUAAUGGUGAAACUUUGCCUCUUGACUCCAAAUCCAGCUCCAAAUUCCAGAAUUCCUCCUUCACUAUGAACACAAAAACGGGCACGUUGGUCUUCAGCGAAGUGCAAAAAGGAGACACGGGCCGUUACACCUGUAGAGCGACGAAUGCCGUGGGUGAUGCCUGGUGCGAGGAGAUGGAGAUGGAAGUCUAUGACCUUAACAUUGCUGGGAUUGUUGGAGGGGUCAUGGUGGUCCUCGCUGUCCUCUUGCUGACUACAGUGGGAAUCUGCUGCGCAUACAGGAAGGGAUUAUUUGUGAACAACAAGCAAAAUGGAAAUAGCUACAAGACUCCAGCGAAGCCAGACGGCGUGAACUACAUCCGCACAGAUGAAGAGGGUGACUUCAGGCACAAGUCCUCAUUCGUGAUAUGAAAUGGCAGAAGAAAUCUGGAUUUUGCCCAUCAGCAAGAAUGGAAUAUGGAUAGAACCUCCUUCUGGAACUCUUUAUGAAAGAGCAGAUAACAAACGGCGUGUGCAUGGAUACGCUUUAGAGGAAAACCGAACAAAUCACCCAUGCACACACAAACACAUUCACACAUGUGUGCAUACCUGAUUUUUAUUUUUUGGCCAAAGUCAAGCGAUGAUUUCUUUUUUUUCUUUCUUUUUAAAAAUAACCAAACCAAUCUCUCUUUCCCUGGAAAGUGCCAUAUAGAUCAGCACAGUCCAGACCCUGUGGACAAGGAGAGGACCUUUGGCAGGAGAAAAAACGAUUCCCUAAAAGUAUCCGUGGGACCACGUUCCUCCAUCAUUCCUCCAUGCCACUGGAGGCUGUGGAGCUGCCUCCUGCCAGUGUUUUACAGACUGCCAGGCUACCAGCACUUAAAAGGGGAAAUCUUAGAAAUGGGUUUACACUACUUCCUUUCCCAUUUCUUCUCUCUCUCUCUCUCUCUCUCUCUCUCUCUUAAUUCACAGAAGUGUUAACAAUGGCAGUAGAACGAAAUUCUGCCUAGAGAGAUCAGAAAGGCUCUACUGGCCAGCUAAGCAUCUGGUGACCUGAUGCUUUGAGUUGGGAUCCUUCACUCUCGCAGCAGCUGCGUUGAAAAGCACAGAAGCAGUGUGUGCUUUCGUUUUCCUAAAGCGCAAAUAACGGAAACAGCAGACACUUCCAGAGCCCCCCAGAAACUACGUUGCUGCCAGCCAAUUGCUGUAAUUCUUGCCAACAGUGUCCGCUUAUUAAACAUGCACACAAGGCACCAAUCAACACAUGGAGAUGGCAGGAAUUCCAGGAUGGUGCCAUAGGAUGCAGUUCCCAUGACAACACACACUGCACAAAUAGGAUGCCAUGAGCCUUCUGCCAUCAAAGCAUCCUAGGGCUUAGGAGGCUACCAUAGUCUUUAUUGAUGUCUUUUGUGCACCAUUCCCUUUCACAAAAGUACUCUAGGCGUGGGGGCGGCACCCUCUCACGAGUCUAGAUAUAUACAAGCCGCAUUCCUUGCUGAGGCUUAUAUGCUCUUGACACUGCUGUGAUUUUCUUCUGAGUCAGUUGCAAUCCUCCAUUGUGUCUAGGAACAGGCAGUGAGGAAGUAAGUAGGACAGCCAUUCCCUUCUCCCCACUGAAUGUUCCUUAAGGUAUGACAAGGUAUUUCGUUGUUGUAACUUUAUGCUGGCGGAGAAGGCAGAUUAAGAGGGUGGGAUUUGGUCUAAGAUCGCCAUUCCUCUGAUCCUACACAGUCUCUGGCUCACGCCUCCCCACCUUGUAGUUGACAGUUGUCAUGCCAUCACCACACUUCACUAUAACAGCUUAAUUUGGGCUUAGGUGAUGGACAUCAGAUUGUAGUUCUGGCAGCGAACCUCUGUAUCAGCAAUGACAGAACUAAGUGAAUGAUUCUCACAUUGAAAAAUAGCAUGCCGUCAGGAAGGUUAGGCGAAAACCCUUCUUGUUGACAUUCUAGUUUUCUCUGUGCGGGGUGUUUUAUUCUGUAUGGUGGAGCAUCUGGUCACGUGAGCCACCCCUACCUGUAUUAGGAAGUGGUACGGCGCACACAUAGGUGAACCACCUCACCUUGGAGUUAUCCAGGUGUUAAGGGUUUUCUUGGUGAUGCUGCCUUCAGCCAGCCAGUGUAACUUGUGGAUUCAAUUAUCACGUUGUUAUAAAGGCUGGGAUUUGGAGGGUGGUGUUGGCAAAAAUAUAUAUAUAUUUGUGUGUUUGUGUGAAUCUGAUUUAACUGCUUGGGAGGAUUCUUUGGUCAUUCCAUCUUUAUUAUUAUUCAGUAGGCUGAUCAGGUGGUGCAUGGUCAGCUCAGCCUUGUCAGUUUCCAGUGCCACAAGUUGGUUGUGUCACCCUGAAGUUUUGCCCACAGCAAAAUUCCCAAGAAAUCUACACGAAGCAGGAUUGAGUGGGACAGAGAACCUUUGCCGAAUUUCCUAUUCAAUGUCUCUGCAACGUUUCAGCCAUUUUCAGGCCAGCAUGAGAACAUUUCUUCCUGGUUUUACAUCAAAAUGCCCCCUGUGCUCAUACAGCACCUAAUCCCGCUAAUUCGCAUUGAGCAAUCUUGCCUGUUGUGCACCCCUUUCCAUGCCAAUCAAAGCAUACAGGUGCUUCCCUGGACAGGUAAGCGCAAAAGCCAAACCUUCUGUGCAGCAGGGCUGAAAUUCCAACAUGGUACCAAGACUGAGGGCAAAGCUUUUCUACCGUUGCUCCUUUUGUAGAAUUCCGCAUUCUAAAGUUUUUGCAAAGAUAUAUUUUGAUUACUUAAAAAAAAAAGUGGUUAAUGUUUCUAUUUAAAAUGUAAAUAGGUUGGUAGGCCAAACAGUGUUGAAGUAAUAAUGUAGCUUUUUUGAAGAAAGGCUUCUUAGGUUUUAUUUAAUGACAGGUGGGAGAUCCUGUGCUGAUUCAAACCAUAUCAGUAUUGUUAACAAAGAGCACAGAAAACUGUAGAAGACAAGGAAAGUGGGCAGCUUGUUCUCUUCCUGUUUCCCUUUGUUUGGGGUUGGGGGUGGUUGGGGAAUAAGACAUAUUGUAAUCUGCAGGAAGAAUUGCUUUUAUCUCUCAGUAUUUCUGCUCUUCCUGCAGCAACAAAAUGGACCAGGAUGGAAAGAACUGUACAAUUAGUUGCAGGAAGGGAAGUGUUUUAUCAGAUGGCAGCCUUCUGAUGCGUCACGCCGAACGGACAGGUUUGUGGUAGAAUGUGGCAUUAGAAGGAAAAGCCCCAAAUGUGGGCAAGACCUUUGGCACACCCAGGGCAGCUCUAACCCUUUGGAUGUUCCCUUUGAAUCCUGGACACACGUAAAAGCAAAAGAAGAGGAAGAGUUGCCAAAUGAAUCUGUUAAGUUUUAAGAAGGCUAAAGCCGCCUCUUAAUCUCAUGUGAUUCAUUCAGUUUCAGCUCAAAAAAACUUGGGUCACAAAUUAGAAAAAGAGGUUGAUUGAGAAAGUACACAGGGUCCCCUCCCUUUUUUAGUAGUAAUUAUGGGGGCUGCCAACACAUCUAGCUAUAAACUGAUAAUUCCAAGUUUCUUGCCAUGUUUUAUUCCGCCGUCUGGAAGGGUGCUGUGGGGCCAGUCAUUGUGCUGCAAGAACAAUUUCCUGCCGUUGGGUGGGGGUGGGGAAGAGGGGCAAGCGUGUGUUUCUUCUUUUUUAAAAAAGCAUAGCAUACUUUUGCAGCAAUGGUGUUUUUCAACUACCAAUUUUAUGGUCUUAACUUUGGAUGCAGACAGUAUUUUAUAUUAUUAUUGCAUUUUUUGAUUUUUUUUUGGACUGUUUUGUGUUUCCUUUGUUCAUGGUCUGUAUUAAUCUGCCUUGGAAUAUCCAAAAUGGCGAGUGGAUUUUUCUUUUCUUUUCUCUUGGUGUGUGUGUGUGUGUGUGUGUGUGUGUGUGUGUGUUUAAAGAGAGUUUGGAGAUGUCAUUGAUGUGUUUCAUUUCUUUGCAGGGGCCCAGAUCCCUCCCCUCUCUUUUCAAGCUAAGGUGGCAACAAUAAAGGGGAAGCUGUACCAGGGCAUUUCACUGCCGCUAUCUUGUUUUGAUUUAACCAUGGCUACCUCUAAGAGGCAUUCAACCAAAGCAUAAUUUUCUUCCACUGCCGAAAUGCUUCCCCCCUCUAAACCUCAGUGAUAGAAUAGGGUUGCCUUCAGAAUCAAAACAGCUCUCCUUUCCACUUUUGUUUGUUCAUUGUGCUGCUUGGCAGAGAGCAGAGCAAAGGCUUGCAGUAUUAUAAUUUAUUAGAAUGAAUUGAAAUGAAGGGCUAGGAGCACCACCCACCUUUGAGACAUGUCUAAACGACUCAAGCCCAUCUGGGAUUAGCAGUCAUUAUUUGCAGGCUGGGAAAAUGGUAGUUCUGCAAGAGGGAUAAGGUCUUAGCACAGGGAUGGGGAGCCAGUCGGGUCCUUCUGAUUCUGUUGGAUUCUAGCUCCUUUUAGCUCCAGCCAACAUGGCAAACAGUUAAGGAUGAUGGGAUUUGGAGUCCCAACAGCAUUUGGAGGGCUACAGUUUCUCUCCAGCCCCAAGCAGAAAUAUAGUCCAUCCCCUUUGCAAAGCUGCCACUGUAGGAUAUUGGGUAGAUGGUGCCUAGGUAUAAGGGGAACAUGGAGGUUUGGUUCUCAGUAGGCUUGGGAGCAGGGAGAGGACUCUCCGUUAAACAGCAAACUGAGGGAUUCAGUGUGUGCUAUCAGGGCACCUGGCUAAGGCUGAAUUGGUCUUGGGUUCAGUUCUUUUAGCGCUGCCACUUUGCACACAAAGUUGCAGAAUUUUGGAUGGUGCAGUUUUAAGAAUGCAGUUGGAGAAACCAUUUUCGAAUGGUCCUCUGUGGCUUAAAAAAAACAAGCCACCACCAGUACAGAUAAUGAAGUCUCACCUAAGGAGGAAAACAAUGCAGUUUGGUAUACGCAGUUAACUUUCCACUUAGGAAAGUGGUUUUUCCCUUUUAAAUAAAUAAAUGAAUGAAUUUUUCACUUAUGCUCUGAAAUGCUACUGUCCAUCCUACCACCUCUCAGGACCAUACUGUCCCAUUCUGCAGCAGGUGACUAUGCAGCCCCGUAUCAUGCAAGAGGGAGGGGGUAGAGCGGGGGAGCAUACCACGUCAACCUGCAGGUGGUGAGGGGGUCAUUUUUUGAAUGCUCGACUCCACACCGAGCAUGCAAUAAUUUAGCACUUAAGGAAGAAGCGAUUCAUACGAUCAUUUCCUCGAGAUGCUUCCUUUAUAAGCAUGCACUGUUUUAGAUGGAAGACCGUUAAAAAUGUGACCCUGCUAGCUGCAGUCUAAAGUGGCACAAACCUGCCAUUUUACCACCAUAAUCUGCUCUUAUACAGGAGAGUUGGCUGUGGUUGUUGCCUUCAAUGAAGUGUUCUUCCAAAAGGUGAAAAGGGAGAAAGACCUAGAUAGGAGGGACCGAUUAUUCAUCUCCUUUUUAUUUAUACCACGGGAGUUUCUUAGAUUGAAGUCAUAUCAGUUGAUCCAGUUUCGUCACAUAGAUUUCGUCACAUAGGGUGCUUGAAAGGCUGAUUCCUCAUUUUACUUGGAUACUCCACCCCCGAAGAAGAUCAUGACUAUUCUGGGUUCAGAAAUGUACCAGUGGCAUCUCUUCCCAGGUCAGGGGUGUCCACCCUUGAAAUAGCUUCACAGAAUUCAUUGUAAAUAUUUGACAAGUUUGUACUAAUGUGUUGCAUUUAACUUUGCCAAGAAUGUUUUACAUAAAUAUAAAAAGAAAAGGUG